AUGAAAGAGAAACGCUUCGACGUGAUCGUGUACGGCGCCACGGGCUUCGCAGGAGUGCUCGUGGCCCGGUACUUGGCCAGCGAGUCCGAGUCGUCGCUCGGCAGCCCCACAGCCGUCAAGUGGGCGAUUGCCGCCCGAAAUGCGACGAAGUUGACGCAAGUGAAGGAGAAGCUCAAGCCAAAGCUGCCAGAGGUGGACCCCUCGUUGAUCGACGCUAUUCCAGUGGUCGUCGCAGACAGCAGCAAUGAAGAGUCGCUCGUCCAGAUGGUGCAGCAGACGAAGGUCGUCGUGUCGCUCGUUGGUCCGUACAAACUCCACGGUGAGCUGUUGAUCAAAGCGUGUGCCGAGAACGGCGUGCACUACUGUGAUAUAUCAGGCGAGACCGUCUGGAUCAACGAGAUGAUGGCGUCUUACGGCUCCGCGGCCGCCAAAUCUGGCGCUGUAUUGGUCAAUUUCUGUGGCUUCGGAAGCGUUCCGUCGGACCUCACGACAGACGUCGACGACGAAGCAGCUACGAGCUUCGUGCAACCCUUUUUCCUCACGGACGAGAAAACAAUUGCUGAAAAGAAGGCCGCAGGGCUGAUUGAGCCCAAUACGACAGGCAUCCUCGUGCGGUAUGACAAGACCAUGCGCACCUGGCAUUCGCUGUUUACCGCUAGCGUCGUGGAUCAGGCUGUCGUGCACCGAAGCAACUACCUUCUGCAGAACAAGUACGGCCGUAACUUUGUCUAUCACGGGCGAAGGGCCAUUGGCGGUUUGCUCAUGCAAGCGCUUGCAACCGUUGGGACACUCCUCGGGCUAACCAUGCUGUAUUUUAGCUGGACCCGUGCACUGAUCAAGCGUCUAGUGCAGGCUCCUGGUCAGGGGCCAUCGGAGGAGACCAUGUUUCAAGGCUACUUCGUCGCGGACGCCGUCGGGUACUCGGAGGAUGGAAAGUCAGCGGCGCGGGCAAAAGUUGUUGGAUCCGGAGGAGACCCGGGCUACCGUCUCACGUCGCGACUUGUGGCUGAGUGUGCGUUAUGCCUCGCCAAGGACGAGUUUGGCGAAUCCUCGCAUCUCGAAGGCGGCUUCUACACGCCGGCCAGCGCUUUUGGUCACAAGUUGGCAGACCGCUUGCAAAAGAAGAAACUGAUUACUUUCGAGCUCAAGGACGCGGAAUAA